AUGGGAGAGGUGAGUGAGCAAGAUCUGGGGGAUGCAGAGGCUGGCAAUUCCAACACGGACACUUUUGUAGUCAAUGAAACACUGGAAGAAGAGCAGAAAGAUGAUGUUAUUGAGGCAGCAAAUCUAUUCACACAACGAAAAGAAGAGGUGCAGAUGGAAGAGGACCAGAGCGAGAGGCAGGGACAGGACAUGGCUGAAGAGGCCGUCUGCUCCAUCUGCCUGGAGCUCUUGACAGAGCCGGUGACCAUAGGGUGUGGGCACAACUUCUGCCGAGCCUGCAUCACCCGAUACUGUGAGGACGCUGUCCGUGGCUCAGGCAACGCCAUCCCCUGUCCCAGCUGCAGAGCACAGUUCCAGAUUGGGAGCUUCCAGCUCAACACUCAGCUCAGAAACCUGGUGGAGAAGAUUAAAGAGCAGAGUCUGAAACCAGGAAAGGAGAAGAUUGCCACUCAAUGCUUGGAGCACGAGGAGAAACUCAAGCUCUUCUGUGAGGAGGAUGGGGAAGCCAUCUGUGUGAUCUGCAGGGAGUCCCAGGCUCACCGGGGUCACACAGUGCUGCCCAUCCAGGAGGCGGCCAACGAUUACCAGGUAGGUGACACCACUGACCUGAGAGAUCCCAUUAACAAGGUAAAGCAACAGAGAGAGGGAAUCAAGUCUGAGUGCGAGAAGCUGCGUCACUUUGUGAGCGAGGAGGAGCAGCGGCUUCUGCAGAGACUGGAGGAGGAGGAGAGGGAGACUCUGCGGAGCCUGGAGGCGAACGUAGCCCAACUCUCCUGGCAAAGCUCCUCUCUGCGCAGGCUGAUCUCGGAGAUAGAGGAGAAGAGCCGGCAGACACCUGCUGAGCUGCUGAAGGAUGUGAAAAGGACCUUGGACAGGAGCAAGGAUGUGAAGCUUCAGGAAGCAAAAGCUGUUUCCACAGAGCUGAAGACCUCGUGCAGCAUCCCAGGGAUGGUGGAAAUGCUAAGGAAAUUCACAGUGGACGUGACUCUGGACCCAGGGACGGCUCAUCCCAAACUCAUCCUGUCUGAGGAUCGGAAAUGUGUGAGACACAGACUCAACCUAUUCUUUCAGUUCUACAUCCUCGAGAGAUUUGACCCUUGUGUCUGUGUCCUGGGCUCGGAGGGGAUCACGGGCGGGAGGCACUACUGGGAGGUGGAGGUGGGAGACAAGAUGUGCUGGGCCCUGGGCGUGUGCAGGGAGUCUGUGCGCAGGAAGGGGGAUGUCACACUGUCACCUGGCGAUGGAUACUGGGUUGUGCGGCUGUGGGACAGGGGAUACAAGGCCCUCACCUCCACCUCGACCCCCCUCCCCGUGCGCAUGCGGCCCAGGCGGGUGGGGGUUUUCGUGGACUACGAGGGGGGCGAGGUCUCAUUUUACAACGUGACCGACCGGUCCCAUCUCUUCACUUUCACUGACACCUUCUUCGGGACCCUGCGCCCUUUCUUCUGUCCCGGUCCCAAUCCUGGGGGCAUCAACGCGGCUCCCCUGACCCUGUGCCCGGUCCCAGCCCAGCCCUGAGGGAAUCCCUGUCCCUGCCAUGACCCGCGGGGGGCACAGACUGUCCCCUCCCCGCGCCCCGACUGCCACCCCUCGGUGCCCCCGGGGUGGGGACAGGGCUGGGGUCUCCAUCACAGCACCUGCUUCAUGUCCCAGUCCCCCCACGCACAGCCUGGGAGGGACCGGCUCCAAGCUCUCCUCCUUCAUGUCCAGAUCCCUGCCGUCCCCGUGGUUUGUCACUUGGGACUUUGCUUUCCUCUCCCAGCACUGUCCUCCCGCCUCUCCUCUCCUCCCCUCCCUCCACGCCCAGUCCUUUGCUCUCUGCCCCUCCUGCCAUAGCGUGUGAGCAGGUGAGCGCGUGCUCGUGAAAGCUGAUGCGUCUCCGAGUCCGUGAGCCCAGCGGUGCUC